CGAAUUGAUCGCGCGCUCGGGGCGCCACGGCAGCCCGUUUGCAAGAAACAGUUGCAAAUAAUUCCGCUCGCCCGCCGUCGCGCAAAGCUGCACCAUGGGCGACAUCCCGCUGCUCGAGAAAAUUGUAGAAGCCAGUGUAAGCAACCAAUGGCCGCGCCGGCGGACGGAAGCACGCCAUCGAUCGGAUGCCAGCAACGGGGCAGCGCCGCGAGCACGCCAUCGAUCGCAUGCAAGCAACGGGGCAGCGCCGAGCACGCCAUCGAUCGCAUGCCAGCCACGGGGCAGCGCCGAUCGUCGUCCGCAACGCAGGCGCUCUCGCCUUUGUUAAUCAUGGGCGUGCUCAUGCUCGCCGUGGGUAGGUACGACGCGGACCUCGAGACGCUGCUGCCCGGCGUCACGGAGCGGUUCGAGGUCGCCGUCGGCAAGGCCUUCGUCGAGGACCGCGAUCAACUGAACGCGGCGUGUUCCCUGAUCGGCGUGCUCAAGGUGCUCGUCGUGCUGAACAUCUGGGGCCUGAAGAACACGCGGGUCCAGUUGAUACUGGCCGCGGUCGCGGUGCCGGGCUUCGCGCUCGUGAUCUACGCGCACAUGGCGUUGGGGGAUUUGCCGUCGGCGUACAUGCCGGCCGUCGUCUUCAUGGUGCUGCUGCCGAAGACGGCCUUCGCCAUGCUCCGCGGCGACGAAGCGGAGCCCUCAGAGCCCGCCGAGGAGGCCGCGCCGGCACCUGCGCCUGCGCCAAAAACCUCGGGGCGGACCGGGAAGCACAAGAAGCGCUGAUGCUCUCCCCGGCUGUGUAUAUACGAAACUAUAU